AUGGCCCCACGCCGCCUCCUCGACGCGCUCCUCGAAGACCACGCAGCUCGGCUGGCGACGCUCGUCCACGCGCAGGCGCCAGAGCCGUACGCUGUCGCCAAGCUGCGCAAGAAGCUCGUCAAAAAGUCCCAGACGAUCCCGCCGGCGCAGCGCGACGCUGCCGUCGCCACGGUCGUCAACCUUCUGGUGCAGGACCCGCGCAUCACGCUCGCCGCCAAAGGCCAGCUCGUAUCGUCCGGCACAGACGCUGCGGCGCCAGAAGAAGCGCUGCCGGUGCUCCACCACCUCGCACGCCAAGUGGCGUCGCAUCCUUUACGCAUGUCGACGAUCCAGCGCCACGUGGAGACGGCAGCGACGAAUGUGCAGGAGCUCGUCGAUGCGCUGGUCACGUUUGGGUGCUUUUGCCAAGGCAAGGAUGCCAAGGGCGCCGAUGCGAUCCUGUACGACGAAGCCGCGCUGCUGCGGCCCGUCACGGACUUUGCCGACGUGAGCUUUCUGCGGUCGUAUGCCCAUGCGUCGCCGACCACAGAGUCAGAAACGCCAAAGAAAGCCAAGAAAGCCAAGAAGACCGAACCGACCAAGCCGACCAAGGUCGAGGCCAAGGCGACCCGUGCAACCCUCUUGGACGCCCUCGUGCAGAACCUUGCGGUGCGCGUUUUGUUUUUGAUUCAGCUGGAGCUCAAGAAGACCGGCGUGUGCGUUGGCUGGCGAGCGCUCAUCGAGAAGCGUCUGCGGCUUGCAGCGUUUGUCCCGACCGCGCAGUUUGCCGCCGCCGUCGCUUCCAUCGAAGCGACCGUUGUCCAGUGCGGCAACGUUGUCGUGACCGCCGACGACAAACUGCAGCUCGCGCCCGGCGCCGUCGCACAGACCAAGUACACGGUCCCCAAGGCACGCAAGCCGGACGUCAUCUCGAAACUGGUGACGCGCUACGCCAGUCGCACCGCGGCCUCUCCGCUUCCUCUCACGACGCUCCAGCAAGAGCUGCGACACGAAAACGUGGAGAAGCACGACGUUGCCAAGGCCGUCGCCCUCGUGCUGCGCGGUCUCGAGCGCACGGGCUGCUUUCACAUUGACCGCUCCAAUCCCAAGAUGGAGGUGGUUGCGAUCUUGCCAUCCAGCCUCGAGCGGCCUGCAUCGAGCUUUGAGGACCUCCAUUUCUUGCAAACGCCUUCCGCUCCAGCACCCGUCACGAUGCCAACGACAACGACAACGGCAACGGCAACGACAACGGCAACGACGACGACGACGAAGAAGAAGAAGAAGGCAAAAGCCGUCGACACGACCGACCGCCCGACCGCCGUGGCUCCGUCCGACCUACCGGCCCUCGUCGAGGCCUACAUGUCGCUUUUUCUCGACGCGGUGUUGCAGUGGGUCGAAGGCGGCAACGACUUUCACGUCUCGUACAUCCGCGGACAGCUCCAGCCGCUCUUGCCGCCGGGGACCGACGUGAGUGAGCUCGUCGAUGCUGUCGUGGCGGCGCUGCGUCAAGAUGCGCGUUUCGUGUGGACCGAGACCAAGGGACAUCAGCGAUACUGUAGUGGACGCAAGCCCAGUGCCGCGCCGUCGCCCGGUACGUUGACGCCACGCGCUAAUGUCAUGGAGCCCGACACCACGCUUGCGUAAUCAAUCAC